AUGUCUCGAACCCUACAACAAAAGCUUUCCAGCCUCUCUCUAUCAGAAACGUACAAGAACACAAGAGAAUCGAUCAGUCGACGCAAUAUCUUCAGCGGCCUUGCUCGGCGUGACAAUCCUGGCACCAACCAUACUAGUGCUCAACCUUCACUGUAUAGUGACAAUGGUGCAAUUGAUGAAGUUAUGCAGAAAGUUAUUACUCAGGCUGGGGUUGACUUCGAGAUUGUCCUCACGGCAUCUCAAUUUCCCGAUCCGCGUCAAGUGUCGUACGACCUAUUACUCUCUCGGAUGAUGCUCUAUUUGGAUUUGUUCGUUGAGAAUGAUUACACUGUUGUUUUCUUGGCCGCUGGCGGACGAUACACACCUCCGUGGAAUUGGGUGUGGAAGGCUUACAGGAGUUUGAAUAAGAAGUAUCGCAAGAAUCUCAAGAAACUGUACAUUGUCCAUACCACGAUCUUUACCAAGAUGCUUUUUUCACUUGCAGGAGCAAUAAUUAGCCCUAAAUUCUUUCGAAAAAUAUAUUAUGUGCAAACCUUGAGUGCGUUGGCAGAAUAUGUUCCGUUAACGAAUCUUGAUCUUCCUCCGGCCGCCUAUCAGGAGAACUUGAAGUAUGAGAACGAAAUUACGCUUCCGACCAUGCAAAAAGAGCAUUCCAAGGCUUUCGGGGUAUCACUCGAUGACUUAAUGGGUGACUAUGGAAUUUCGUCCGGUAUUCCAAGAGUCGUUAGGGACUGCGUUGAUUAUGUACGCAUGAAUGGCCUUGAGUCUGAAGGAAUAUUCCGGCGUUCCCCAAGCUCAGCACUGUUGAAACAAAUAAAAGAGGCUUAUAAUAGAGGCCAAACAGUCUCGCUAUCCUCAUUCGGUGAUCCACACAUCGCUGCAGUGCUGCUCAAGGCAUUCUUUCGGGACCUACCCCAACCUCAUCUUCUGCCCCUGAUAGAAAGGCGCUCCCCUGCCACGCUUACUGUUCUCUCUGAAGUGCUGCAUCUGCUGCACGAGAUCUCGCUUCGAUCUUCGACAAACCGUAUGGAUGCCUUUAACCUGGCUACGACAUUUUCCCCUAAUCUUCUCUCCGGAUCAAAUGUCAUACAAGAUAUGCAGAUGUGUUCCAUACCUGGGGCCUCCGCAUUUUCCUUCCCCUCGAGUAAACCGACGCUAGUCUCGGAGGGGGACGCGAAGUCGUCCACACUGGGAAUGGUUAUCAGGAUCUGUAUUGACCAUUACUUUGACAUUUUCGAGGAGCAUGCGGACCGAAGCGUGGCUAAUGCAAUGCGUCCCGCAAUAUCAGAGUCUUCCGAGUUAAAUGAUCGCUUUAUCAACUCACCACUGACGCCACCAACAUCUCGAUCAUCGGCUUCACCAUCAAAUCGCCGGAGUGCCGCCAACGAUGAUGAUGAUGAGGACCCUGAUGAGGCCAUACUUGUUAUGCCUCUUGGGCCAUCGCCCCCUAUAUCCCCAACACGCAUUCCGACCACAAUGCAUUCCCCUCCUGGUCAAGUCCAGAGACGUGAUCAUGCUGCGCUAGAUAUAGGCAAUCCGAAUGCCAGUCCCCCAAGAGCUGAGCGCUCAUUAUCCAAAUCACCAGCAUCUGCCAUUAGAGGUACGGUUCGAAUCCCUACUGCGCGGUCUAUGAUAAGUAUUGAGGGUUCUCCUGAUGGACGUCGUGGUAGUGGAUCAAUAGUUAUUGGACGCGGAGCGAGAAAAAUCAGCGGAGCUGGCGCAGGAGUAGAAGCAUACGGUAUAACUGCUGCGGGAUCCUUCGCCCCACCUGCUGGUGCUGAGUUCUAA